CCCUCACAGUUUCUCUCGGGUUUAUUGGGAAGAUUAUUAAAACAUUUUCAUUUUAAAAUAUUUGGCAGGGACUUCUGCAUAAGUCAGGAGGACGUUUCUGCCCAUAUCGCUUCAGACAGAAAAAAGAGAGUUUAAAGGGAAAAACCAAGCAAAACCCCACUGACUUUCUUCAUGGCUGCUGAAAAGGGUCUUGAAAGAACUUGUCUUGUGAGCGAGAGGGACACCAAGAAGUACUCCUUGGCCCUAGACAGGAUGAGCUGGCUUCAGAAGAAUUCAAAUGAAGAGAGGCAGCAGCAGGAAGCAGAAGUUACAGGAGCUAAUCCAGCAUAUCACUGUCACAGCUACUCCCAGGCCUAUGAGAACAGAAAGAGGGAGCAGCAUCAGGCCAGGAGGAAGCUCUGUGUAGCAUCAGUAAUUUGCACCUUCUUCAUGAUGGCUGAGAUAACAGGGAAGUAUGUGUGUGGGCAGAUCGCCGGCAGCCUGGCCGUGCUCAGCGACGCAGCACACAUCCUGGUGGACCUCACAAGCUUCCUGAUCAGCCUCUUCUCGCUGUGGCUCACCUCCAAACCUCCCACCAAGCAGUUCACCUUUGGCUGGCACCGAGCAGAAAUUCUGGGAGCUUUGAUGUCUAUGAUAAUAGUUUGGAUGGUGACUGGUGUGUUGAUAUAUUUGGCUUGCAUGAGGCUGCUGAACCCAGAUUACGAUAUUGAUGCUACAGUGAUGCUCAUUACCUCUGCUUGUGCUGUACUCACCAACAUCCUGCUAAGCCUGAUUCUGCACCAGACUGGCCACGGGCACAGCCACGGGGCGCAAGCCAGGGAAGGCACACCAGCCCCUGCUCUGAACAAUGCCAGCCUGCAGGCAGCCUUUGUGCAUACCAUGGGAGAUCUAUUCCAGAGUAUUAGUGUGCUAAUUAGUGCACUUAUCAUCUUCUUUAAGGUGGAUACUUUGGUGUCCUCCCUUUUCUUCAUCUGUAGCACCUUCAUUCCCUGCACUGAGGCUCCCUAACUGCCACAGUACAAAAUAGCCGACCCAAUCUGCACGUUUGUGUUUUCCAUCUUUGUUUUGGCAACUACCAUCACGAUUUUAAGGGAUAUUUUAACUAUGUUAAUGGAAGGAACAUCAAAAGGAUUUGCUUAUGAUGCUGUAAAAGCAAGAAUUUUAACAGUUGAAAAAGUGGACUCUGUUCACGACCUUCAUCUUUGGUCUCUGACAAUGAAUCAAACUGCUCUCUCUGCUCACAUUGCCACAGCAGACUCAACAGACAGCCAGAAGAUUUUGAGAGACGUUACCCAAGCCCUCUUUGAGCACUACAGCUUCCACUCCAUCACCAUUCAGAUUGAAUCAGGGGAGGACCAGAAACCAGACUGUGUCUUCUGCCAAGAACCCAGGGAUUAAAGGGAGCAGUGUGCUAUGCCAAAUAACCAUCACCCCUCUUACAGGUCACUGGAGGCUGUACGUGCUGGUUGAAUGCAACUGAUUAACAACAAAUGGUAAUUAGCUGGCAUAGCAUGCCCUGCCAUUGCAAGCUGAGCAUGGGCCUUUCUUUGUUGGUAUCAUCUGCCAUGAGAGAACAAGUAUUAA